AUCCAUCCCGCCUCACUCAUCUCAUCGCACCAUGGACGUGGACGAUACUAGCAACCAGGCGACUCCCCCCGACGCUGACACCGAUGCGGCCGUUGCCGAGCUCGGCAGCGUGAUCGAGCGACUGGGGAGCGAGCCCAACAACAUCGACCUUCUCCGACGACAGAUUGACCUGUUCUUGCAAGUCGGCAUGGUCGAUGAAGCUGUCGACGCAGCCAAGACGGCCUCGCAGCUCUCCUUCCUAGGCGAGGCGCUCUGGCGGCGCGUCCUCGACGCCAAGGUCACCUCCGUGAGCCCAGUGACAUUGGACGCGCUCGUCGACAUCCUCGACGUCUUCCAGACCGCGGAAGGCGAAUACCUCUCACCAUCUAUACUCACGCAGCAUGCGACUUUCCUCGUCAGCCUCGCCGAAGGCGCUGAAGGCGCGCAGAAGGGCGACGAGGAGGUGCGCGCGUACCUCCACGCCGAGACGCUGCGGGGCAUGCUCCGCGACCUUGCGGAGCGGUCUAGCGGCGUCCUGAACGCUACUGGGGUUUGGCAAGCGUGGAUAGACUGGGAGGUGUCGCUGCUCGAGCACCUGUCCGGCGCAGACAAGAAGGAGCAGAUCCGGCAUGUCGGGGACGUGUAUCUCGAGCGCCUCAAGACGCCGCAUACGGCUUGCAGCGAGACGGCGAGCGCUUACUCGACCUUCUGCAGCCAGUACUGUCCCGACGAGUACGAGGAUCGGCUGGUACAAGCGACGGCGGCGAGCCAGGACGCCAAGUGGAAGCUGGAGCGGGAGAAGCGGCACGGGCGGACGCGCGCCGACUUUGAGGAGCAGCUCGCCUUCACGGGCGAUGUCGGGCAGCAGGCACAGGUGUUGCUGGCGUACGUUGACUGGGAGACGGACCCCGCCGCCAAGCGCAACAAGAAGGGCAAGGGGCCGCAGCAGGAUGUCGGGCUGUGCCGCGCCGCGUUUGAGCGCUUGCUCGCCGUCUACGGAGACGCCGCCGCCUCAGCGACGGAUGCGGUGUUCGCUGCGGCGGACGUGCCGGAUAUGGCGCAGCAGAUGCGCGACACUGCGGCGGCGUACAAAGCGGCGGAGGCGUCUAUCUGGUGCCGCUACUAUGACUGGAUGGUUGAGAAUUCCAAAUCGAGCGAAGAAGACAGCCCCGCCGCCGAUGUCGCGGGACGCGCCGUGCGCGCAUGUCCGGGCAGUGGCGAGGUCUGGAACCGUCAGCUGACUGCGUUCGAGGAGUCGAACCAUAUCGCGGGUAUCGAUAAAGCUGUUGAGCGGGCGCAAGGCCUGAUCAUCGGCAACAAGCAGCCCGUGAGCUCUCUGGUGGAGCUCCUCGUCACCCACGCAGCGAUCUUGCAUAGGCGCUGCCGGGAACUCGAGGCCAAUGCCGAACACCCCGUUUUCCUCAACCUCGUGGCCGCCUCGGACACGCUACUGAAGGCGUAUCCUGACGGCGACUCCUCAUUGAGGUUGGAAAAGUUCACGAUCUCAUGGGCCGAGGCUGCGGCGGUUGAAUUGGUCCUGGACCUUAUCGCGCUCCUCAGCACGCCGGCCAAGUCGCGCGAUCCUUCCUACCAGUUUACUAUCCUGUGUGCCGACACGCAGGCGCGCUACGGUGACGUUGACGGUGCACGCGAGCGAUACAACAAGGCGAUCCAGCGGCCCGACCUCGACUGGCCAGAAGCCGUGUACGAAGCUUUCAUAACUUUCGAGAACGUACACGGCACGUUGGAAGCACUGCAGACAGCGAGGAAACAUAUUGCCACAGCGCAGAAGAAGCUCAACAGGCGGCGCGAACGCGAAGCACAGGCACAGCAGGCGGCGUAUGCACAACAGCAGCAGCAGCAGCAGGCUGAGGCUGCUGCUUCUCAGGCUGUUUCUGAGCCUGUGGCUGCACCGGCGCAACCCAUCGACGAGGCGAUGGUAGUUGACCCCGCGCCUUCGACGGUGGAGGCGCCGGCGGCCGCCACCGCACCUGUGGCUGAGGUUGCUGCUCCACAAGACGACAAGGCGGCCGGCGAGGUUCAGAUCAAGCGCGAUCGCGAAAACAGCACAGUACUUGUGACUGGCCUGGGCCCAGACACGGCCGUGGCACGUGUCCAGUCCUUCUUCGAGGAGUCGGGAGAGGUUCGCGAGUGCACCAUGACUGAGGAGGCGGGUGCAGCUAUGGUCGAGUUCGUGUCUGCGGAUACGGUGCCGGUAGCGUUGGCACGCGACGGCAAGAAGCUUGAUGGCCACGUUAUCCGUGUGUCGAUGCUCUGGCGCUGCACCCUAUGGGUAACCAACUUCCCCCGAUCAGCCGACAACGACAGCCUCAAGCAGCUCUUUGGACAGUACGGCAAGAUUCUUUCGAUCCGCUGGCCGAGCCGCAAGUAUGUUGACUCUCGCCGCUUCUGCUACAUCACCAUGGAGUCGCCGGCAGCUGCCCAGGAAGCUCUCGUUCUUCACAAGUUCCAGCCUGCAGGCGAGAGCUUCCCCAUGUCAGUCCUCAUCUCCGACCCAGCCAAGCGCACGAAGCGCACCGAUUACUCGGACUGCACCUUGUUUGUCGGUGGCCUGCAUCCGAAGUCGACAGAGGGCGAGGUGAGGCACCUGCUGGAGAAGUACGGCACAAUCGUUAGUGUCAAGGUUCCAUGGGACAAAGCCAAGAAUCAGGCGAAGGGGAUUGCCUUUGUCGAGAUGCAGAACAAGGAGCAGGCCGAGGCGGCUCUUCAGGUGAACGGCGCCUUGCACCGCGGUAAGCACCUCAAGGUGGUAAUCAGCGACCCACAGCACGCGGACAAAAGUCGAGGGAAGAUCAGCAGCACUCAGCAGGCGGCAGAGCGCCGCGAACGCACCGUGUACCUAUUUGACAUUCCGUCAGGGUCUCAAGAAGGCCUUCUGCAGCAGGAGCUGGAGAAGCACUACCCGGUACGGCGCGUCGAAAUGUUCGCAAAUAAAGGACAGGCGCGUGUCGAGCUCGAGUCCGCCAAGGACGCGGGUGCGCUCCUGCUUCGCUCUGAAAUCGUGUUUAACGGCGCCACGCUCCGCGUGCAAGAUCACCCGGAAUCAAAGGCUGCCCCCCCGAAGCCGGCCGCGGCGAUGGCCGCGUCCACCUCGAGGCCUGAGGCUGCGACGUCCUCGCUCUCUUUCGCGCCCCGCCCCCGCAAAGCGCACAAGGCGAUGGGCCAGGCGUACCGCCCACCCAAAGCGGCGGCGGCUACGGCCGCAGCCGCCCCGACUGGCGGGUCACAGGACGCCUUCCGGGCGUUCAUGAACACGACGAACGACGCGCGGAAGAAGGAGAACGAGGAGGCCAAGGCCAAGGCUGAAGCCGAGAAGGCGCAGCGCGAGGCAGAGCGCGCUGAGCGUGCCGAGGCCGACAGGAAGCGGGCGCUCGAGGACGGAGACGGAGAAGCGAGCGAGCCGAAGCGCCCGAAGAGAGAGGAGUAGGUAGUGUAUGCGACGUUGCAUUGGAUAGAGCAUGCUACAGUACCUAUGAAUAUUGCUGGCUGUAG